AGAGUAUCACUGACCCACAGACUGACCAAGUCAACAGAACUUAACAAUCGCUUGGUGAGAAUUUUUUGAUCAAGCGAAACUGUGAGGUUUCAAAUGAACCGCAGCUGUCAUAUACCGCACGUCGAGUAGUUGAUUCGAAUCUCCUGGGUACAUCCGUCCAUGUUGAAUAUUCAUUGGAUGCCGAACACAGCCAUCAUCGCCACAAGAAUGGGAAGUGUUCGACGAUGAGGACACCUCUAUGUAUUUAUGUCUGAUUCCCAGACCCCAAUUCGGGAUUAACCUAAGGUAGAAGUCAUCUGUCAUCCGYUGAGUUACAGUCACUCGCUACCAGUUCGAAUAUAAGACGCGUGGGGUUACGGUGUGUGUGCGGAUUUCAUACGUCUUGUCACAAGAAAAACACAGCUUUAUUAGACGCAUGUUUUGGACAGAAACAAUAAUUAUGGUUCCCUCRAUGUUAACUGGUUGGCUUAUUCUUGAGGUUAUUUUGCUUGUGAAGCCGUCAGUAUCACUUGUGUAUCCAUCAGUACAGUGGACACCGCGUAACCCAAUAUUCCAAAAACCCGAGAAUUCUCGAGUAAUCAACGUCCAAUCGAUGUCAAGAAUCAACAUAGUAUGUCCUAAUACAGCGACUAAUGUGGACAUUGUACAAGACAACACUCCAAAGGAGUGGUUAUACGAGAAUCUGUGGAUCGUCUCAAAGAACAGCUAUGAUAACUGUAACGCCUCUUCACCUAAAACGGACCGAUUACUUUUAAGGUGUGACACGCCGUUAAAGCUUAAGUACUACACCAUAUUCUUCCUUCAGUACAGCGCGACGAUACAAGGUUUAGAGUUCCCCGUUGGAAAAGAAUACUAUUUUAUUGCUACUUCCGAUGGAACGAAAGCUUCUCUUGGUAAUAGUGCUGGUGGGAAUUGUGCUCGUGGUAGCAUGAAGAUAAAGUUCUAUGUCUGCAAAGGACCAAGAGAUCCAAGGUGUCAGCCACCGACUACUUCAAAGAAACCUCAAUCAAACAACAUAAUCACAUAUCUUCCAACAACAGCAAAACAACCAUCAAAACACUUUAAAACUAAGCAAAAACCAGUAGAGACCAACUCGAUUCCUGUAAAAGUAGUACCAAGUCCUACGACUCAAAAGUACAGUACUACUACUACUACAAAGAACGAGGCGUUACAAAGUGACGAUCCAAGAAUGACAUUAAACCCAACGCUAAGCUCACAAGGCAGUACAACAGUUGUUUUACCGGAAACUACUACAGUAGAUCCUGAAGCUAGCAUUGAACAUCUUCUAAAUAGGGAAUUAAACAAGGAGCCUUGUACGCAUGACCACGGUACGCAGCCAAGUUGGAAUGUGGUCAUCCCUCUUCUUGUUGUCAUAUUUAUUCUUGUUAUAAUGAACAGUUUYGUUAUCUGUCGACUAAAACAGAACAAUAAAUCAUGUCUUGCUGARGACAAUUUGAACAAUGUGUCCACAUCAGAGAAGCGAUACAGUUUCAAGAAYAAUAAUCGUAAAGCUUCAAGUCCUAGUUCCAGCCCUGUAAUGGUGUGAUGUGAUCUUGRAGAAAGAUCGUGCAUGAAUGCUAAAAUACGGAAAUCUGCUGUGAUGCAAGGCAUGAUGGGAAGGGUUAGUCAAGACAACUGAUUGUUUUGAACCGCGAAAGYAAGGAAAAAAGGGAAAAGCCAUGUCAAUAGCCAAGUUGCAAUAGAAGAGAAAUAUACUCUAUAGUGACUCAAGCAUGAUUAUUCGAGUAGAAAUCGUGGUCAUAUCGACGAAAAAGUCAUACAACUCACGCAUGAUGGAAAAGCUAUUAAAUGGCAAAGAGAUUGGAUCGUGAGUACUCCGAAAUACUCACGUUAAAAGAUUCAGUAUUAAUAUGUGUAUUUUGCCAAAUAUGGACAUGACUUUACAAUUGGCAAUUCACCAUAUAUGGACAUCAGUAUACCACGUGACUGCCAAAACGACGUUUUGUGGAAAUGAGUUACAGAGCUAGAUUCAGAAGAAAAUAUCGACUACAAUGCCGGCAAAAGAAAAAGCUAAACUCGUUAAUACUGCCUUCUACUGUAUAAAAUGGACUUGAAAAGUUUAUGAUUCCCAGAGCUAGUCAUCAUGUCCGCCACAAGAGAAAUGCAAAAUUCGCCCCUGUAAUCCAGCAUGGUGGAAUUUCGUUCCGUAAAGUUUUGUAAUAGAGCGGAUUUCGUAUGAGUGGGAAACGGACGGUACUGUACUGUGACCGUAAUCAUACUAUAACCAAAUUCUAGUGCCCCAUUGGUUCACCAAAAUUUUGCAGGCCAGGUCCGGUAACUGUGCGGUAACCGUGCGGUAACGGUGUCCCACUCAUACGAAAUCAGCUCUGUUAGAGAGUUUAAGCAUCACGUUUACGGCAAACGGCUUACGGCAGAGCUGAACCAAUGAUCUACGAAUUUCGCGCCUGAUCUUUUACUUUUGGUAGUCAUUUCACAGAGCGACUUUUCACGAUUAUGGCAACCUCAAAAAAACCCACCCUCCUUUUGAAACUGUAACGGUAAACCCUCAUAAAGCAGGUCACGUGAUCUUUUCUGCCGUUUGCAGUGAACGUCAUAUUUAAGCUCUUUAUUAUCACAGAGAGAGCCACAACUAUUUCCUUCACACAAUGAUUAUGUAAAGAUAUUAAUAUAUGAGUUCUACUUCAUUCAUUGUAAAUAAAAUAUUAAUUAUUUUUAUAAUAAAGUACAAAAUAAUUUUCUG